UAUCAAGGCCAAACUUGAGCGAAAUAAUUUAAAAAGGUACAAAGAAAUUCAUUACAAAUCCAUGAUCAUUUUAAGACGUAUUUCGUACAAACUAUACACUGAUUACUUCAUUUGAAAACAAACAAAAGCAUUCGUAAAAUUCUAAUUCAUCAAUUCAACGUACCAAAAAUCAACAAAACGGAUAGCUCAUGUGUUUCAAUGUGGCCGCGUUAAAUCUCCGGAACUUCCCUAGAACGUGCAAAUUCUUCAACAAAACAACAUCGCGAUUUCUGCACCAAUUCAGAGGAAAAAGAAGAAUAGCGUCAGCUGUUACAAUAUUUUCCAAAUAACCGUGAAAUCUUCAUACUACACAGACAAGUACAACACAAAUUUGCAUUCGAUCAUGCAGGAUGUAGACGUACGAUCGAUAACGAUUUCGGAGUUUAUUUGUAUAAAAAGCGAAUAUCUGGGUUCUGGCUCGUACAGUGUUGCACGUAGCACCGAAGAGCUACGACAAACGGAUUAUCACACCCGACGAUGCAGGAAAUUAAGCAAACUUUGGUCAAUGUGAUCGUUUUAUCGCUUGCUGUUAGCCAUGUGGCAUCAUGGUUUGUCACAAAUACAACACCGUCAGCAACCACUUCCGCCGGAACAGCUACCUGUCCAAGCUCGAAGUAUCGCUCCAUUGAUUCCUCUUGCUCCAGUCGACAAAAUCCAACAUUCGGCAAAGCCGGCGAACCAUACGCCCGCUUGCUACCACCGAAUUAUGCGAACGGAAUCUCCAGUCCACCGGUUAUGACUAACGGAAGUGCAUACGUUAGUGCCAGAACCAUAUCGUUCAACGUGUUUGCGAUCGAUGAAGUUCCCGAUCCGAACAACACUCUGCUAAACAUAUUCUUUCUGCAGGCGAUCGGAAACGAUUUAAGUUUGCCCGCCGGUUCAGAAGAUCCCGUACAGUGUUGUGCUGAUGGCCAGGUUAUACCAAAUGCCCCAAGCAGAUGUUACCCGCUAUUGAUUGCUAGCAAUGACCCACUCUACUCUUGGUUUAACAUUCGAUGCCUGAAUUACGUGAGGUUACUCACGAAACCAUCCACACAACCAGUGGAGCAGAUAAACAGUGCAAGUAGCCUUCUGGACCUUUCAUUUCUGUACGGUUCAAGUGUUGCGCAAAGCAACAAACUGCGGACAUUAUCAGGUGGUAGACUGCAAGCGGUACGACGUAACGGUGUAGAGUGGCCCAUACCAGAUCCGGCAGGAUGUAGCUGGUCUAAUGUGUGCUACCUGGUGGCCGAUAGACGAAGCUACCAGUACCCAAUGUCAGCCACUGUGCACCUGCUCUUCCUGCGGGAGCACAACCGAUUGGCAAAUCAGUUAAAACUGCUCAACCCUAGCUGGUCGGAUGAAAUCCUAUUUCAAGAGGCUAGACGCAUAAACAUUGCUCAAUAUCAGUACAUCGUGUACUACGAGUACCUGCCACGUGUGUUGGGACAAGAAAACAUGAUCAAAAACAGGUUGAUAUUCGAGGGAACGAACUUCGCGUCGGAUUUUAAUGCUUUCCAAAACCCCUCGUCUACGGGAGAGUUUGGUGGAGUGCUCGUGCCGUUCAUGCAAUCUCAGCUGCCUGGCAGCAUAAACUUCUACGUUAACGACUCGGUGCAAUCGUCGCAGCUAAGCAGCUGGGCGGGCAAUCUAGCAUCAUUGGAGAGCAGCUUUGCGUCGUUCUUCACCGGACUCACUACCCAAUCGACUAAUCUGAUGGAUAGCAGCUUCAGCAUCGAAUGGAAAAACUUCAUGUACCGUGGUAACGCUGCGCUGGGUCAAGAUUUCCUUGCCCUGGACAUACAGCGAAUGCGCGACUAUGGCUUUGCUCGCUACAACGACUACCGUUCUCGGUGCGGUUUAAGCCGCUACGCAACGUGGGAAGCAUACAAUGCCACCUUCAAGGUGGCCUGCCCCAAAACCAUUGACAGGCUCCGCUUGUACUACCCAACCGUGGACGAUCUGGAUCUAUUUGUCGGUGCCGCGUUCGAAGAACCGAUAGCUGGAUCCCUGAUGGGUCCAACGUUUUCCUGCCUGUACAACCAACAGUUCCUCGCAACACGUACCGGUGAUCGAUACUUUUUCGAAGCCGGUGGACAGGAAGGCAGUUUCACGGCGGCCCAACUUACCGAAAUACGUAAAAUCAGCGUAGCUCGAUUGAUGUGCAAUGCUUUUCCAACGGCAACGAAGAUUCAGCCAGAUGCAUUCUGUCCGGUAUCAGCAAAUAAUUCACUCGUCUCGUGCAGCACAUUGCCAACGCUUAAUCUAGCACCAUGGCGUGUAUAGAGAGCAUA